AUAACCCCUUUCACCAUCUUCCUUCAUUGCAUAAAUAAACUACUUGCACGUUUAUUCAACCCUUCUAAUAUUCUAAAGCAGGUGUCUCCAAUGAGAAACAAAACAACCUCUUCGUGUCUCUUCCUUAAUCUUUGACUUCUAUUAUCACCAUUUUCGCCUGAACUUCCUAACUCAUAUUAUUCAAUUCUGUUUCUUGACUUCCAUAAACUCACUUUCAUUAAUUUAACUUUCUAAUUGCACAAGUUUCUUCCUCAUAAUUAACCAUCUUUAUACUCCAUCUCUCUAUCUCUCUCGCGUUCACUAAAUUCAACAAUUACUAUGGUUGUUGAGAAGAAUGCUAGCAAGAAUCAUCAUCACCAAACAUUUGAUGUAUCCAUUGAUCAACAACUCGAUUCUAAGUUUUUCGAUGAUGACGGUCGCGUCAAACGAACCGGCACAUCUUGGACUGCAAGUGCCCAUGUAAUAACAGCAGUAAUUGGCUCUGGAGUGCUGUCUCUAGCUUGGGCUAUAGCUCAGCUGGGAUGGAUUGCUGGUCCUGUUGUCAUGAUCCUCUUUGCUUGGGUUACUUAUUACACCUCGGUUCUUCUCGCUGAAUGUUAUCGUAAUGGUGAUCCAGUAAAUGGCAAGAGAAACUACACUUACAUGGAAGUUGUUCAUUCGAAUCUUGGUGGUUUACAAGUCCAGUUUUGUGGGUUCAUUCAGUAUCUCAACCUUAUUGGGGUCGCGAUUGGAUACACGGUAGCUUCUGCCAUAAGCAUGAUGGCGAUUGAAAGGUCAAAUUGUUAUCAUAGGAGUGGAGGAAAAGAUCCAUGUCAUAUGAACAGCAACGCUUACAUGAUUGCUUUUGGUGCUGUGCAAAUUAUAGUCUCUCAAAUUCCAGAUUUUGAUCAGUUAUGGUGGCUUUCCAUUGUUGCUGCUGUUAUGUCCUUUACAUAUUCGACGAUUGGUCUAGGCCUUGGUAUCGGAAAAGUUAUGGAGAACAAAAAGUUUGCUGGAACCAUUACUGGAGUAAAUGAUGUGACAAAAGCUCAGAAAACUUGGGGGAGUUUGCAAGCUCUUGGUGACAUAGCUUUUGCUUAUUCAUUCUCCAUGAUUCUUAUAGAAAUUCAGGACACGGUAAAAGCACCACCACCGUCAGAGUCGAAAACCAUGAAGAAGGCUACAUUGAUCAGUGUUAUAGUGACAACAUUUUUCUACAUGCUUUGCGGUUGUUUAGGAUACGCAGCGUUUGGAAAUUCAAGUCCCGGAAACCUUUUAACCGGUUUCGGAUUCUAUAACCCAUUUUGGCUCCUUGACAUAGCCAAUGCUGCCAUAGUGAUUCACCUUAUUGGUGCAUACCAAGUCUAUUGCCAACCCCUUUAUGCUUUCGUCGAAAACUACAUGGUGAAAAGAUUUCCAGACAAUUAUUUUUUGAACAAGAACAUAAAGAUUCCAAUCCCGGGUUUAGAUAUGUAUAAACUCAACCUUUUCAAAUUGGUUUGGAGGACAGUUUUUGUAAUAUUAACAACUUUGGUCUCAAUGCUUCUUCCAUUCUUCAAUGAUAUUGUUGGACUUCUUGGUGCACUUGGAUUUUGGCCUCUAACGGUUUAUUUUCCGGUGGAGAUGUAUAUAAUUCAAAAGAAAAUACCAAAGUGGAGCACAAAAUGGACAUGCCUUCAAUUGCUUAGUGGUGCUUGUCUUAUAAUCACUAUAGCAGCUUCAGUUGGUUCUAUUGCUGGGAUUUAUCUUGAUCUUAAAGUGUUUAAGCCAUUCAAGACUAUCUAUUGAUUCAGUAGUAAGGUUGCAAUAAUUGUGUAUGAUCAACAUGAUUUGAGAAUUUUAUGACAGAAUUUCUGGUAAAGCUUGUGUGAAGAGAUAAAGUUGAGGAGGAAUAUUUAUAUUGUAUGGUUCACUUCUAUAAUUAUACUUGUUAUUUCAACCUUGAAAAUGAAAAUGAAAUUUUCUUCUUA